AGAAGAAUCCAGACCGAGGUUAGCGGACAUUCAUACCGACUGCCUGUCCUUGAUUGAAAAUGGCGUGGAGGCAAAUAAUCAGCUACACCAGGGCGAUUCCAGCUUCAACUCCUUUUGGGUUUUCUAGAUCAUUCUCCAAUUCGACUCCUUUUGUGGUGAAGGUUGGAAUACCAGAAUUUCUGAAUGGAGUAGGGGGAGGGGUUGAAGCUCAUGUGGCCAAGCUGGAAUCUGAGAUUGGUGACUUUCAGAAGCUGCUUGUUACUCGUACUCUUAAACUCAGGAAACUUGGCGUUCCCUGUAAACAUAGAAAAUUGAUACUGAAAUAUGCCCACAAAUAUAGGUUGGGGCUGUGGAGGCCACGAGCUGAGCCAGUGAAGGCACGGUGAAAGCGGUCUGGCUGCAGGAUGAUGUUCGCCUAUGGCUCAAUCCUACCAACAGACGUUUCUUUUUGAGAUUAGAAAUUAUAGGAUUUUUGGCCUCAAUGUAUGUGACAUUUCUUUUACCAUGUUUUUAAGAGGCAUUUUUUCCUCCUUUUCAUGUUUGACCAAUGAUACAUAUAAGGGUACUUGAUACCUAAUCCAUAUAUAUGUAAGUCCUUUUUUUUUUUUUUCUAUUAAUCAAUAAUAAUAUAUAUAAAGGGUUUUAUAAUUU